GGAGGGAUGAGGGUGGGUAUCCUUGCUCGCCUCGCCUCCACAUAGCUUUAUUAAGGUUGAGCUCUUCAGCAGAAAAGUAGCCUGUGCAGCACAAGAACUACAACACGAAAAAGGACUAAAAGAAAACAAAUAACUGCAUGAAGAACGGAAAUAAGAAGAUCAAGGAGACAAAAUAGAAGAAAAAGAAGCAGUCAAGGCAUAAGAUUUAUUUUUAUUUUUAGAACAUCUCUCUAGUAACAAAAAGUAGAAAAGGAAGAAUAAAAAGAAGAAGAAGAAGAAGAAGAAGGACAGGAGGAAGAAGAAGACGACGAAGAAGAACUGUAAAAGGAAAAUGAAUACAAAAAGCUCAGGAAGAGAACAAGGCACAACAAGAAGGAAUAGGAAGAAUUAAUUGAUGAACAAGAGGAGUAAGAAAAACUGGGAAAACAGGAUUAAGAAUAAAGACAAGAACCAGAAGAAAACAAAAAUAACUACUAAAAAAGAAAUAGGAAAAGAAGAACAAGAAUUUAAAGAAAACGAAUAACUAGAAGACGAGCUUGAAGAAUACGGUAAUAAGAAGAACUAGAAGAAUAAGGGGAGUAAGAAAAGCUACAAUAAUAACAAUAACUAAAACAAGACCAACAAGAAGAAUAUUGAAAAAAAACUACAAUAGGAAUACUAGGAACAAGAAGUAGAAUAAUAAGUAGAACAUGAACAAAUAACUGGAAGAAAAACUAUAACAAGAGGAAUAACAAUAACUAGAACGAAAAAUCGAAGUACUGUAUACUAAUAACUAGAACCGCAAGAAUAAAAAUAACUAGAACAAGAAGAACAACACUGGAAAAACAAGUUAAGUCGAGUCGGGAUGGUCCAAUGAGGUGAGGUCCAUGCAGAGACUGAGGGCUCACGGGACGGGGGCAGCUGGGGCGACAGCGGCGGGAUGCGAGCGGGGCCCCUGCGGGUGGCGGUCGCUGCUGGUACCUCAGCAGAACCGUCAAUCUCUGUACAUGUACGGGAGCGAGGUGGCCGUGGAGAAGGAGUGCAUACGGCAGAUGCAGAGCGGAGUCUUUGUCAUCCAUCCCUUCAGCCUCAUGAGGAGCUACUACAUCAUGGGCAUGAUGGCCAUCACCUUCCUCAAUCUAAUUGGCAUCCCCAUGGAGAUCGCCUUCCUCGACGGCACCAGCGGGCUGGCCUGGGAAGGCUUUAACGUCUUCUCAGACACGCUCUUCCUCAUCGACGUGGCGCUCAACUUCCGGAUGGGCAUCAUCAGCGAGGACGGAGAGGAAGCAAUCCUAGACAUCAAGCAGAUCCGAGUGUGCUACCUCAGGACAUGGUUCAUCCCUGACGUCAUCGCCGCCUUCCCUAUAGGAUACAUCCUACUCUUUGCCGACUUACACUACCACAGUGACGACAACCCCUCCAAGACCACCAAGAUGAUGAGGAUCCUCAUGUUUGUGCGCAUUCUCAGCCUCAUACGACUGGCACGGGUGUCCAGGCUGGUCCGCUUCUUCAACGAGGUGGAGAAAGUAUCGAAUGCUAACUUGGAGGUGGUUCGCCUGUUUUUCCGCAUCCUGUCCCUAUUCAUGAUGAUCUUCCUGCUGUGCCACUGGAAUGGUUGCAUCCAGUACUUUGUACCUAUGCUGGAGGAGUUCCCCACAGACUGCUGGGUCCGCAAGGAGAACCUGAUGAAUGCCACGGUCAUCGUGAAGUAUUCUUGGGGGGUCUUCCGAGCUCUAUCGCAGAUGAUCGCGCUGUCUUACGGAUCCAUGGACGCUCCGACCAAUUACGUGGAGAUGUGGAUCGUGAUGGUGAGCAUGGUGUCCGGGUGCCUGAUGUACACGGUGCUGGUGGCCAACGCCACCACCAUGAUCGCCAAUAUCGACCCUGCAGCCAAGGAGUACAAGAGCAAGAUGAGCCGCUUGGAGCACUACAUGGCAUUCAUGAAGCUCCCACCAGAGUUGCAGUUGCGCAUUACCAACUACUACCAGGCACGCUACGGAGGGAAAUGGUUCGACGAGAAGGCGGUCAUGCACACGGUGUCAUCCACCUUGAGGGAGCAAAUCCUGACAGUGAUGUGCAGCCGCCUGCUCAGGAACAUGCCACUGUUCCAGAACAAGGACGACAAUGUGAUCAUUAGCAUAGUGCAGAGGCUAGACUACGAGGUGUACCAGGAGGGUGACGUCAUUGUCCGGGAGAACGCGCCGGGGGACCGGAUGUUCUUCAUAGACCAUGGCCAGGUGCUGGAGGAGAACCACGCUUGCCACAGGGAGCUUUGCGAUGGAGAUUUCUUUGGCGAGGCAUGCGUGCUGACCAGAGGCAAACAUCUGGCGACGGUGAAGGCUCUGACCGACUGCCAGUGUUUCAGUCUGUCCUGGGAUGACUUUCAGGAGGUGCUGCAAGUCUACCCGGACGUGCGCAAGGAUUUGGACAAGAUGGUGGAGCUGGAUGCAGGAUUUGCGUGAGGAGACAACAGGAACAGCUAACGUCAAAUAUGCACAUUUUAGACCAGGGGUGGACAAACCUUUUGUGCUCAAGGGCCAUUUAUUUUUAAAACGGACAGACGGACCAUCUCAUUCAUAGAUAACGUUAAAAAUGAAAUGUGUGUACUUGUAAAAUAAAUAAUUUAAAAUCAUAAAUCAGUAAUUUAUAUAAAUAUCUAUGUUAAUCUAAUUUAUUUUAUAUAGUAAUAUAUACAUCACCGCGACCCUAGCCAGGAUAAGCAGUGUUGAAAAUGUAUGGAUGGAUAUAAAUCAAUAUUCAUUCUUACUUAAAUGUAUUAUCAAUUAACCAAUCAUUUAAUAAAAUAAAGGUUUUUAAAUGUACAGUAUAAAUAAGUGUUCAGUUGGAUACUAUCAUUAAAGUUAAAAUGUACAAUCGAGUGGUAUGUGGUGGGUCCCAAUUUACAAAUUUUUUGAGUUGCCAAAAUUAAAGAAUGGCACAGACCAAACUUUGCUCACCCCUGUUUUAGAUUCAUCCCUCAUUUUAGUCAUUCCAGCAAUAAUUAUCAAUAAAGACCAUCAAAUAC